CAACAGGAUGUCUGUGGGUGUCUUUUCUACACGCUCAUGAUCAGGAAAUGAAAAGUAACGGUUUGUUUAAGGCUGCGCUCAUUUCUAAUCCUCCAGAUCAUUCUGUGAUAAUCAAACCCAGUGAUCUGAACACACUCUGAGGACUUAAUCAUGUGGGCAGAAGACGACUUGGGUCCUCCAGGAGUUGUGUGUCUUCAAAGCCGCGUAGAGCCGAUAGAUAAAGGAGUGUAUCUGAUGUAUCACGGCACGUCCCGAUCAGCUGCUGAGAGUAUCAUAGUUUAUGGAUUUAGGCAAUCUGCAGGUGGCAUGCUGGGGCGUGGCGUUUACCUCAGCCGUGAUCUUAAUAAAGCCAGCAGAUACCCUCUGGAUUUACCUGAGAACCAGAGAGUCGUCCUGCGUGUAAAAGUUAAUGUAGGAAGAGUGAAGAAAAUUGAUCGUCAAGGUCACCCACUGCAGAAGAGCUGGCAUGAUAACGGGUACGACACAGCCUGGUGUCCCCCGAACUGUGGCAUGGUUCCCAGUGGUCUUGAAGAAGACUGUGUGUGGGAUCCGAACCGUAUCCAGGUUAUUGAUGCAAUUUAUCCAACCCCUUCACACUGGUGUAGCAUACUCCGUUCAGAGCCUGCAGAGGGAAAAGUGUACCUGAUGUAUCACGGCACUUCCCGAUCUGCUGCUCUGAGUAUCAUGGCUCAUGGCUUUAAGCAAUCUGCAGGUGGCAUGCUGGGGCGUGGUGUUUACCUCAGUCGUGAUCUUAAUAAAGCCAGCAGAUACCCUGUGGAUUUACCUGAGAACCAGAGAGUCGUCCUGCGUGUAAAAGUUAAUGUAGGAAAAGUGAAGAAAAUUGACCGUCAAUAUCACCCACUGCAGAAGAGCUGGCAUGAUCACGGGUACGACACUGCCUGGUGUCCCCCGGGGUGCGGCAUGGUUAAGAGUGGUCUGGAAGAAGACUGUGUGUGGGAUCCCAACCGUAUCCAGGUUAUUGAUGCAAUUUAUCCAAGAUCUCAAACUGGUAAAAUCUCACUUGCAGUGAUCUGAAUACACUCUGUGGACUUCAUCAUGUGGGCAGAAGACGACUUGGGUCCUCCAGGAGUGCCGAGUCUUGAGAGCCGUUCAGAGCCUGCAGAGGGAAAAGUGUAUCGGAUGUAUCACGGCACUUCCCGAUCUGCUGCUCAGAUGAUCAUGGCUCAUGGCUUUGAGCGAUCUGAAGGUGGCAUGCUGGGGUGUGGUGUUUACCUCAGUCGUGAUCUUAAUAAAGCCAGCAGAUACCCUCUGAAUUUACCUGAGAACCAGAGAGUCGUCCUGCGUGUAAAAGUUAAUGUAGGAAGAGUGAAGAAAAUUGACCGUCAGGGUCACCCACUGCAGAAGAGCUGGCACGAUCACGGGUACGACACUGCCUGGUGUCCCCCAGAGUGCGGCAUGGUUCCCAGUGGUCUUGAAGAAGACUGUGUGUGGGAUCCCAACCGUAUCCAGGUUAUUGAUGCAAUUUAUCCAAGAUCUCAAACUGGCCACUGGAAUGACCUGUAAACUCACAGUUAUCAGCAGAAGGUUUUAUACAUUGUUGACUUACAGUAUGCACUGUAUGUUAAGUAUGUUAAAUAUGAUAUACACUGUACUGGAGAAUCCAAAAUAAAUCAAUAAGGAACCGAA